AUGGGGGGGGGGCCCCCAGGGGCCCCCAGGGGCCCCCCGGGGCCCCUGAAAAGGUGCAGGAGUCAGCUAGAAUGGGGAGGGGGCCCCCAGGGGGGCCCCCGCGAGCUCGAGAGCAGCAAGAAGCUCCGGUGCAGCAGGAAGGGGAGAGAGGCCCCUGCGGUGUCUGUCCAGUGCACUCCAAAUGAGAUCUCUUUCGUAAUAAAUUUCAAAAGCUCCUGUCUGCAGCAGAAAGCUGCUGCAGACAGCAGCAGCAACAAAAACAGCAGCAACGAGCAGCAGGCGGUUGGCCUCCGCUGCUGCUGCUGCUGCGGCGGCGCGCUCGCGCGGCAGCAGCAGCGGCAGCAGCUGCCGCGGCAGCAGCAGCAGCAGCAGCAGCAGCCAGCGCGCCCCGCUCACAGCAGCCCCCAGCAGCUGCAGCAGCAAACAGGGACGGUAGGGCUGCUGCAGCACGCGGAAACCCUCCAAAGUCCCCAAGUGGUAUUCCAAGAAACUCUUUAG